AAAUUCCCUUGGCAGAAAAGCGACAUCUGCUACAGUGGGACAACGACAUCGCGUACCGAAAAGGAUCAAUGAAGAUAUGGGUACCUAAUUACCCUCCAUUGCGCCAGUUACUACUCGAAGAAUACCACGACGUCCUAUACGCGGGGCACUUUGGUAGCAACAAGACGCUCACCGGUAUCGCCAAACACUACUACUGGCCCCACAUGGCAGAUGACGUACAGAAAUUCGUCACCUCGUGCACUACAUGUCAGCGGAUGAAGAGCAGCAAGCAUAAAAAGGCGGGUCUACUACAGCCUCUUCCUGUCCCAGAAGAACCAUGGCAAGUGGUCAGCCUAGACUGCAUCACCGAGCUACCAACUACCACGAGCGGACAUGAUGCGAUCCUCGUCGUCAUUGACAAGUUCUCCAAAAUGGGACACUUCAUCCCCACACACACCACACCACGCACCGAGGAGACGACACAACUCAUUGUUCGCUACAUCAUCUCACAACGUGGCAUUCCAACCACACUCAUCUCCGACCGAGACCCUAAGUUCACCAAUAAAUUCUGGAAAGAACUGAUGUCUCUACUCGGGACCAAACUCGCCAUGUCGUCCGCCUACCAUCCACAGACAGGUGGACAGACCGAGCGCCUCAACCAAAUUGUGGAGCAACUCCUCCGCGCAGCCUGCAAGGAUGACAUCUCCAAAUGGGACUUUCAUCUGCCCGUCCUGGAGUUUGCCUACAACAAUGCCACUACUGGACAGACGCCGUUCUUCCUCUGUUACGGACGCCACCCACUCACACCGCAACAGCCAACCAUCCCAGCCACAGUCUAACUCGCUCAUGAUUUCAUCACGACCAUG